AGCAGAGAGCAGUGCAGGGGCAGGGAGGUCGCCUGCCCGCAGCACAGAGGUCCCCAACUUCCCCUUCAUCGUGCAGAAGGCGGCGAGACGGCGGUGAGACAACAGCAGCUGCACAGAUGAGAAAACCUGAAGCACAGAAAGGUCAAGUUCCUUGCCUAAGGUCAGACCUCAAGUGCUGAAUACUGGAACUAGUUAUCGAAUUUACAUCUUCUGAAGGCUCUGUUCUGCUCUCCACUUGUCGCCUCAUCCAAACAGCAACUCAGCCACCAGGCCAUCUUUAGGAGGCUGCAGCGCAUUGUGGGAGAGAGCACUUGACUUGGAGUCUGGGUUUGCGUUUCGGCUGCCCACUGGCCUGCUGAAGAACCCCGGGAAAACCCUUGUGUGGUAUUCAGUUUUGCCACGGUCAAUGGAACCUUCUUGAGAGUCAGGGCGGGAGCCAGUUCUUGGAGGAGACUCAGUACAGGACAUGGAUCGCUGCGGGGCCCUUUUCCUCUGCCUGUGCCUCUUGAUGUCUCAGAGCAGAACAGAGGAGGCAUCCCAAGAAAUCCUGCGCUGGAUGAAGAGAAUGGAGACGGCAGCCAGGAGCCGGAGCCUCACUUCUUUUGCUGAGCUCAUCCAUGGCCUAGAGUCAAGGCUACUCAAUGCCAGCUUUGGGGGCCAUAACCUCACUUUGCGGACGCAUACCAUCCAGACACUAGCCUUCAAGCUGGGCUGCAACUUCACUGGCCUCUCCCUGGGAAGUGCUGCUCUGCAGCAGGUCCCCCAGGCGCAGGUCCCACUCGCCAUGCAGUUCCCAGCUGAGCUGACUCAUGAUGCCUGCAGGGUGCGCCCCAGGGAGCUGACUCUCAUCUGCAUCUACUUCUCCAACGCCCGCUUUUUUCAGAAAGACAUCAAUUCAUCUGUGCUCAAUAACUAUGUUCUGGGGGCCCAGCUGAGCCAUGGACAAGUGAGCAACCUCCGUGAGCCGGUGAACAUCAGCUUCUGGCACAACCAAAGCCUGGAAGGCUACACGGUGACCUGUGUCUUCUGGAAGGAGGGAGCCAGCAAGCACCACUGGGGGGCCUGGAGCACUGAGGGCUGUCGCACAGAGCAGCCCUCACCCUCCCAGGUGCUCUGCCGCUGCAACCACCUCACCUACUUUGCUGUUCUCAUGCAACUCUCCCAGGCCCCGGUCCCUGCAGAGCUGCUGGCGCCCCUCACAUACAUCUCCCUGGUGGGCUGCAGCAUCUCCAUCGUGGCCUCGCUGCUCACUGUCCUGCUGCACCUCCUUGCCAGGAAGCCGAGUGAUUCCAUUACGUGCAUCCACGUGAACCUGCACGCCUCGGUGCUGCUCCUCAAUGUCGCCUUCCUGCUGAGCCCAGUGCCGGCCGUGCCCCCCGUGCCUGAGUCAGCAUGCGUGGCACUGGCUGCCACCCUGCACUACGCGCUGCUCAGCUGCUUCACCUGGAUGGCCAUUGAAGGCUUCAACCUCUACCUCCUACUUGGGCGCGUCUACAACAUCUACAUCCGCCGAUACGUGCUCAAGCUCUGUGCCCUGGGCUGGGAUGCUGGGUGCGGGACGCCUGGGUGCACGGUAUCCUGGUCAUGGGCUCUGGUGGCCUCACAUCCCUUUUCAACCUGGUGGUGCUGGCCUGGGCGCUACGGGUCCUGCACAGACUGCGGGCGCAGGAGAAGGCGCUGGGUCCCCGGGCCUGCUGGGAUACCGUCACCGUGCUGGGCCUCACCGUGCUGCUGGGCACCACCUGGAUCUUGGCCUUCUUCUCCUUUGGUGUCUUCCUGCUGCCCCAGCUCUUCCUCUUCACCACCUUCAAUUCGCUCUACGGUUUCUUCCUCUUCCUGUGGUUCUGCUCCCAGAGGCGCCACUCAGAGGCGGAGAUGGAGGCAUUCUGCUCCUCCCAGAUGGUGCAGUAGUCUGGACUGUCUGGACCUCCUGGCCUGGAGCCCCCAGCUUCUCUGGCUGCCUGCAGCCGGAGGCCCUGGCUUCCACUCGAGAAGAUGGCAGGCCAGCUGCUGGACACCAGAGGCCACUGUCACCUCCAGGGGGCCUUUUCCACCUCCAUGCCUUCCCCAGGCCCAGAGGGCCGCGUGUUGCUCUCCGUCCCCAGGCAUUCUGCUCUGGGGCAGGUCCAGCCCCACCUGGGGGCAGCAAACUUGCCCCUGGUGCCUGGGCCCAGCUGGCCAGGCCUAUGGCCAGAGCACUGGCCUGGGAGUCAGGAGGCCACGUUUCAAUGCCUUUCUUUGAGUUUCACUGUCUGACCUUGGGCCUGUCAUUUCUCACUGACCCUUGGUUUCCACAUCUGUGACAUGGUGGCAGAUGGCUCUGGUCCUGCCUAAUCCCAGAGCUUUAUGCAGAUUCAAUGGCACCAGGGAGGACGAGGUCAUAGUGGGGUGGGGAUCCCCACCCCGGCCUGGGCCUGCCCUUGAAACACCUGCUGGGCCCUGCUUCCUUCCUCCGGGAGAGGGUCAGCCUUGGCCGGGGGUCCCCAGCCCAGCGCUUAGAGACCCACCCAGUGUGUGAGACCUCACCAGCCUGUAACUGAGGCCUCUUUUCCUUUAACCCCCAAAUUAUGAUGACUCUAACUCCAAGUCCACCCUUCCCAAAGAUCAGGAAGUCCAGUCCUUUCCAGAGGCUCCUCUUCCAGCGUUCCCCAGACCCCCAUAGGCCAUUAAGACCAGCAGCUGGGGCCACAGGGCUUCCUGGAGGUGGGAGGGGAGCACCUCUUUCCCCUCCAUCUGAGUUCCAGUGAUCCGGCUAUUUGAUGACUGGGCAGGAUUGAAUUUCACCUGGUAGGCGUGAGGGUGUGGGUUCUAAAUCCCAAGCUUGUCUGUCUGUUCUCUUGGAGUUGGUGGGGACCUGAAGUAUUUAUAAAUUGGUAUAAAUUAUACAAGUCUUUUGUCAGGCUUCCCA